GCGUGCCCUGGAGCUUUGAUGGCGGCCUCGCAUAGGUUAUGGUCUGCGUCUUAAAUAAUGCAGUAAACAACUUUAGUCACGCUUUUUAUCGGUCUAUGCGGUCAUCUACGAGGAACGCCCAUGGCAGGAGAAAUGCGACGCCAGAAAAUGGCAAAUGCAAUGUUCACGCACAAGAUCAAGGCGGAGGAUACCAUUGAGUGUUUCCUCUAUCCCAAGUUCUGCUACGCGUCCGACCCGGACGCGGUGACGGAGGCGAGGCUGAGCGAGGAGAUCGCCAAGUAUAACGAGGAAAUGGGCUUGUUCAUCGGCGAUCACAUUUGGCAUAGUGACAGCUUAAAUUUCCGUCCUAGAACCAAGCAGGCGAUGCUACUGAAUCGAACUCUCGAGGGAUCAGCGGUGGAGGAAGAUUACCAUACCUUGCCUCACAUUUAUGCCAAUCAACGUUUUGACGAGGAUAUAGGAGACGAAUGGCUAACAGUGUUCCUAAUAUUUAGGCUCACCAAAGUCUUCGACGGAUUGAUCGCCAGAGUGGUGGAUUCGGACGGAGAGUUUCUUCUGAUAGAAGGCGCCCAUGUCCUGCCACUCUGGGCCAGCCCUGAAACGUGCCAGGAUCGUGUGUUCAUUCAUAACGGUGAUAUUCAUGUUAUUAGAGAAAGGGGAACAUCAUUUCCUAAUUUAUUAAAUAAUAUAAAUGGCAAGCCACAUAUCUCUAAGAUGUCCGAGAAGGUGCAGCUUGUAUUACAAAAGCGAAUUGGCAUUUAUCCUGAUGAGAUUCAGAAGAGGAAGCACAAGGCCCGAGCGUUCCUUCCAGAGAAGGCGGCUUCUAUACUUCGUCUAGAACCAAGACUCAUAGCUCCAGCGAUUAGAACUAUCUGCCAUUCAGAUCCACUCGAACGCAAAGUUUGUCGUGCCAUGAGAUAUUUCCCUCCCGAACAACGAACCAUGGUCAAUGUUAAAAUGACCAAGUGUUUGUACGCGAUGGCGACGCACUGUCGUUAUACUGGUGAUCCAAGAACAGGUUGGAACAUACCACCUGCGACUUGCUCAAAAUACAAUGCUCAUGUUCUCGGAGUUAAAAUAGCAUGCGGUUUAGAGAUGCUAGUAGCUCGGGCCAAUGAAGAACGUAGAAAACGUACUAAAGAACAGUCGGACGUUCCCGACGAUGCUGAAAAAUUAAAGCUGAACGAAUCAGCUUUCAACGCUUACCUAGCUCGUUUAGAGGCGAACGGUUACUUUAGAGAUCUGUUGGAAGGUAGUCAAGAACGUGAUAAGCUACUAUCUACGGCGAAGGAGUAUUUCUUGAAGCAUGCGACUUUAUUUGAUAAUCUAACAAAUUUGUACGAAAGCGAUGCUCAAAAAAUCUUAGAAGCAUGGGAGAACAUACAGACGAAUGACAUUGAAAUGCAUGCUCAAGAUGAGAGUACGCUGAGUCCCGCAGAUACCGAUAGUUGGCUAAAUGUGGAUCCAGCGCAAUUAGAAACGUAUUUAAAUCAACACUGGGGCAAUGUUAAAGAUAAAAAAUUAGAUAAACAGGAAUCUUUGAGUCUCCGAGAAAAAGUACAAUCAUUUCUCAACCAAACCAGUGAUAUUGAUGGCGUGCAUUUCUUAGGAGAACAAUCAAUGGAGAAUGAUAUGCAAGACGCGGAGGAUGGCGCGCGAAUAGAUUUCGACGCAGACGUAUUCGAUAGUACAUUAAGAGGCAUUCUUGAUUUAGUUGUUCCUGGAGGAGAGGAUGAAUUCGAAGGUAGUUCAGAAGGAUCGCUGGGUGGUGAUGACGAGGAUAAAGGUGGCGAUAUGGACAAGUACAUGCGUCUGUUAGAUUCGCAAUUACAAUCGCAGAUGGUAAAAGACGAAAGCUUGGUAGCGGAUGAUGAUAAUAGCACAGAUCUCGUAGAGGCAAGUUUGCGAGAAAGUAUCGAAGCCGAGGCCGGUGGCUCCGGCCCGGCCGGGAACAUAAUCGGAGGUCCUGUUCGAAGGCUCAUGCACUUGCAAUUGCAAUCGCCUACGACGGUACCGCCCGACUUACAAAGUUAAUGGCACUACAUAGUAGACGAUUAGCAUAGUCGAUUCACGUUAACAUUCGUAAACAUUAUUACAACUUUCGCUUCAUUCUGCAAGAUACAUUAAGCAUUUGCCAUUUCAAACAAGGAGAAAAGACAAUGGACUAAAAUCUCUCGUUACUGUCUAAAUUAUUACACUUUAUUACUUAAAAUAUAUACUUAAUGUUAUCGAUCAAAGCACCUUUAUCACGCAA